UAAGACUCGAAGAGGUGUGAAUAGCAGAAUUUUAAUAACUUAUCCCAAAUAUUAAAAUCGAAAACGAAAGUAGAGAUGGGCAUGAGAUGAUGAUUAUUUAUAGGAUCUUAUCAUCAGGUCAAGAAGUGGGUGUCCAUCUGUGAACAUUAUAAACGUGGAUGUUUUAGUGUUUUUGUUUUAUCUGUGAAACAGAUUAUUUGGAGUACUUGUGAAAGAACAAAGAGUGCUUUCAUACAUAUCUUAGCAACAUGGGUCCAACAUUAUAGAGAAUAUUGUGAGAACAUGUAGAAGUAAUUAAUUGUUUGAAGUAGCAAAGAAAUAGACACAUGCUGAACAAAUCACAAGCACCUGCUACCAGAAUCUAGGAAAUUUAUAUUACAAAUCAUCAUGGCAUAAAUUUGUGAUAACUUGUAUGUUAAAGCUGUAAUUGUUGGAAGAAUGAAUAAGUUUAGUGUGCCUAAUGCUUUGGCUGAGGUGGUGUUGCUGUUAGGGGUGGAUGAAAAUACAGGAUUGGUUCCCGUGCCUGAUUCUG